AUUAUUUAUUGUUAUACAGAUUUGCUAUUAUGUAAAAUAUUAGGAAAUUAGCCAAGUAUUAAUCUUAAAACAGUCGGUUUAUUAGAGAUGGCAUCCAUCUUCAGUGCACUAUCAAACGUUCGUAUCUUCACGGCUCAUGUUAAGAAUUUAGGAAGUGAAUCGAUUUUGAAAACUUCAAGGCAACUUGCAUAUUCAUCCCAACACUAUCGAAGAAGGCAAUUUUCUACGGAAGCCAAACCCGCCGAGCAUUGCAAUGUUGGUACGAUCGGACAUGUGGAUCAUGGUAAGACUACAUUGACGGCCGCUAUUACCAAGGUACUGUCGAGGAACGGUCGUGCGAACUAUAUACCCUAUGACCAGAUUGACCGAGCACCAGAAGAGAAAGCGCGUGGAAUUACGAUCAAUGCCGCACACAUUGGCUACAGCACUGAGAAACGACAUUAUGCUCACACAGACUGCCCAGGACAUGCCGAUUAUGUGAAAAAUAUGAUCUCCGGUGCAUCUCAAAUGGAUGGAGCAAUACUCGUAGUGGCCGCAACCGAUGGACAGAUGCCUCAAACUAGAGAGCAUCUGUUGCUUGCAAGACAAGUUGGGGUUGAAAAGAUUGUUGUAUUUAUAAACAAAGCUGACCAGGUAGAUCAAGAGGUUAUUGAGUUGGUGGAGAUCGAGUUACGUGAGCUGUUGAGCGAUUUCGGUUUCGACGGUAUCAACAGUCCAGUCAUCGUAGGUUCUGCUCUUAUGGCACUUCAGGGUGAUCAGUCAGAGAUGGGUGAACCAUCAAUAAAUCGCCUGUUGAAAGCAAUUGAUGGAUAUGUACCGACGCCCACAAGAGAUGUAACUUCACCUUUUCUACUGCCUAUCGAUAAUGCAUUCACUGUUCCUGGACGAGGGACAGUUGUGGUUGGAACCCUAGCCCGGGGGACAAUCAAGAAGAACGAUGACGCCGAACUGUUGGGAUUCGACGAGCAAGUUAAAACUACUAUUGGAGGUGUUCAAGUCUUCAAAAAAGACGUUGCUCUAGCAAAAGCUGGCGAUAAUAUUGGUACUUUGCUAAGAAAUGUCAAAAUCACGGCAGUUCAACGUGGAAUGCUUCUCUGUGCAGCUGGAAGCGCAAGAGUUUCAAAUCAUUUCGACGGAACUGUAUACCUGCUGGCUAAAAACGAAGGUGGACGAUCUAAGCCUCUCACUUCCAAAUACAUACAGCAGCUAUUCAGUAAAACAUGGAACGUGCCAUGUAGAGUGGACCUUGUUGGCCAAGAAAUGCUCAUGCCAGGAGAUCACGGCGCUAUUCGUUUGACUCUGUUGCGAAAGAUGGUGAUGUCUUGUGGACAAACGUUUACUAUACGAGAGAAUGGGAAAACCGUCGCCACUGGUCUGGUGACUGGUAUUUUAGAUUCAGUUGAUUUGCCACAAAAGAAGCUGAUUAAACUACACCUGGAUCAGUUAUGAAGACCAAAAAAGUAGAUACAUGCACUGUUAAA